CUAUCUCUCCUGCCAGCUCUAGCUACAACGAGACCAUGAGUACCUUGAGAUAUGCUUCAAGUGCCAAAAAUAUUAUUAACAAGCCCAGAGUGAAUGAGGAUGCAAAUGUAAAACUGAUCAGAGAACUUCGAGAAGAAAUUGAUAGGUUGAAAACUAUGCUGAUGAGCUUUGAACUGAGGAAUUCCAGUCCUUCUUGGAGCGAUGACAGGGAUGGAAAUCUGACCGAGCUGGUUCUUCAAAAUGAAAUGAAGAUUGAGCAAUUGACCAAAGACUGGACAAGUAAGUGGACAGACAGGAAAGCCAUCAUGGAAGAAUACAGCGUGGACAUCAACAAAGAAAAAGCUGGAGUAACAAUAGAUUCUAGUUUACCUCAUCUAAUGGCCAUGGAUGAUGAUAUCCUUAGCACAGGAGUGGUGCUGUAUCAUCUCAGGGAAGGAACAACCAAAAUUGGAAGAAGUGAUUCAGACCAAGAUCAAGACAUUGUUUUGCAGGGUCGGUGGAUUGAAAGGGAUCAUUGUAUAAUAGACAACAACAGUGGGAUUGUAACACUGCGACCAGUUCAGGGCGCACACUGCACUGUGAAUGGAUAUGAAAUCACUGGAUCAUGUCGUCUGUCACAAGGGGCCCUUGUUGUCCUUGGCAAGUCUCAUAAGUUUAGAUUCAAUCACCCAGCAGAAGCUGCUGUCUUAAGACAAAGAAGAUCAAUUAAUGAAAUCCCACCCAUUAUGAGUUGUGGAACUUUGGACUGGCUCAACUUGGAUGGAAGUUGCACCCAUUCUCCUCACUAUAUCCUUUCUUCUCUUGGCAAUCAAAAAUGUAGAAAAUGUAAAGAAAACAAAUGUUCUCCUGAACUAAGCAGAGAAAUAGAUGCUGUGCAUGAAGAGUACAAGCAGAAACUGAGAGACCAGGAAGCUUUCCACAUAAAACAAAUUCAACGGCAGCAGCUCUAUGUUGAGGAUUUAAAGCAGCAGAUCCUGAGAGGACAGAUCAAAGCAGAGCGGGAACUAGAAAAUGACCAAGCACUGAUCAACCAGCAGAUCCAAGAAAACCAGCAAUGGCUUAUAAAUGAGAAUAAACGACUGGCUGCCCUUCAGCAACAGCAGAGGGAGUUCGCAGUGCAAACAGAGUCUACGCUGUGUGCAGAGGCUGAGGUGCAGAGUACCAUUGGCCUGGAAAUCUGCCCUUCCCUGCUACAGCAGAACAAGAAGAGACUGGUGCAGCUGGAGCUCUUGCGAAGAUACUCUUUAAAAAAGGCAGAAAGAAACAUAAGACGGAAGAAGGUCAAAUUCCAGCUGGAAAGGAUAGUCAAGAAGCAGAAGUUAUUGGAAGCCAAGCAAAACCUAGAGCAGCUGGAAGCUAGCUGCUGGCUCAAUGAAGAGUGUGUGAAACAAUCCCAAAUCUUAAACAAAAAUACUGCUGUACGGUCCUUUUUGGAUCACCAGUUGCAAAAGAGAAGGAAUUCAUGUGGUUCAAGUUCCUUGCAGCACAGGAAGCAUUCGUUCUGUAACCCACGUCUGCCCCAGGUACCCGGCUGUUUGUUGAAGAGGGAGACUAUCUCAAAGUUAUCUACCUCACCAAAUAUUGAUCAAUGCUGUGAAGGCAGUGUAACAGGGAGGUUGUCAUCUGUAGAAUAUCUUUUCAGAAGAGGUAAAGACAUUUCUGGGAGUGAUGACCUUAAUGAUGAAGAAAGGAUCUCCUUUUCAGUCCAGAGGCAGCUAACUGAAAAACAAAAACCACCUUCAUUUGGAAAUAAAAAAGGAGUAGAAAAAUACUUUAAUGAUACAGCUGUCAUGGCUUAUAUCAAUAAAAAUUAUCAAAAAAUUGAAAAGUUGGAUGACAACCCAGGGCAAGCUGGAUCUCAAAACCAGACCUCUAAUGGCUCCUCUCCUGAUCUUUUUAAGGAGAAAGAUGAGCCUGAAACCUUUAUUACAGGAACAAGAAUGACAAAAGCAAAGGUGCUAGGAAAUUUAAGUCAACCUGCAAGUAGCAAUCUAGAACAAAAUAGAGCUCAGGUAUCCAAUAAAAAGACUAGAAUGGAUAUCAAUGGAAAAGGCCACGGGUCUUCUCCAGAAAACUUUCCUAAAGAAAUGAAGAAAACAGUGUAUGGAAACCCACCAUCAGCCCAUCUAAACCAAACAGCCAAGAACUGGAAGAGAGCGCCAAACUCAGCCUUGCCAAGUCAUGAGAAAUCAUCAGUGGAACAGCAAGAAUCUCUGAUGGUGGCAACUUCAGUAGGAAAUCUCACUAAGGUGAACACACAGGCACCACUUUCUUACGUUGAAAAAAAGUGGCACAGUGCUGAGAUGCUAAGUGCUGGAGUGUCCAUCACAGCCACAGAUAUGCUGGGGAACUGGCAAGAGGAUGAUGAAAAUGAGGUUUCUGAUACUGACAGUUCCUAUUCUGUAGAUUCUCUCUCCUGUGCUUAUGUAAAAGCUUUCACAGAGAAACUGAAACAAGAAGAUUUUGACAGAAAUAAAUGUCUUGCCAACCCAGAAGAUUCUGAGAGUGAUGACAGUCAAAUGUCACAAGACUCUCUGGUAGAAAAGGAAAAUAAAGCAAAAAAGCAAAAUAAAAGCCGAUUUCACAAGGCAAAGGCCCGCAAUGAACCAGCUAAGCUUUACAAAAGCAGAACUGAUCACCAUAUUUCAUCUUUGGUGACAUCAUAUGCAUCUCGUAGAAGACUGGGAAAGCCUGAAAGAAGCUUUUCUCUGGACAGCUUAGCUGAUGGAGAAGAGAUGCCAGCAGAAGAUCCGGUAGAAGAAUCCAAAUCUGAUUCAUCUGAUGAAGUUCCAGCAGAGAUUUUUUGGAAGUUGCAAACUUCUAGAUCACCAGCUGUACAGACUGUGGAAGACCAUGAGUCUGAGACCUGCGACAGAGAUACAGAAGGGACAAAUUAUGAUCUGAAGCUGAGCAGUUCCUUCUAUUUGGACACUAAACCACAGCCUGCUUCCAGUAAUGCUUACAAGUUGCUGAAAGGGACAAAAGUCUCCUUUGUAGAACAAGAGAGGUCUCUUGAUAGAAGACUGUAUUAUGCAAGUGGAAAUCCUUUGCUUAUUACUGAUGCUUGGUCUCCCCGUGACUCAAAGCUUGACAUCAGCAACCCCAGAAUAACAGCACCUUCUUCCCCUGAAAAUUUGGAAUUUCAAGAAGCUCAUCUCUGCUCUUUGAGCAAACCAGAGCUUUGGCUAAAGAAAGAUGAUCUAAAGCAGUCAGCUGCUGAAGUUUCUUUUGUUUCUGGCUCUAAGCAGAUACACAGCAUUACUCAUUUAUCACAUCGUAUGAAUGAAAUGAACACAGUUUUCUCCUCUGACACAUCAGAAGUACCUUUACCUGAAACAACAACAACCGCAAGCAGAGGAUGGACAAACUCUAAUGAAAAUUCUUCCUUGGAAUCUCAAGAUGUAAUGUCCUCAUUUGUUAGCUCAGUAGGACCAAGCUCCUCUUUUGUUCCUAUUUCAGCAAAGCAUGAUUAUUAUGAACAUUCAAGGUCAAAUCAACCUGAACAAGAACAGCUGAGUGAAUUAUCUACUUCUAGGUCUACCACUGAAUGCACCCAAACAUUCAGCUGUUUGGAAAGCACCUCCAGCACAGACUGCUUGUCACUGGUAUCUAGGAAAGAGGAUGAUUCUCUCCCCAGAACUCAUCCAGAGCUGCCAAAAGAUCACAAUCUGAAAAAAACACCUUUUAUUUCUGUGUUGCCUGUGCACAUUUUGGAGCAGACAAAUGGCUGUGUAGAUGCAGAUUUAGAAGAUGAUUUCUUCAGAACUUUUGAAAAAGAUGACCUUGAUGAUGACUACAGUAACUUGAUGGCAAAAUCAAGUAUGGGAGAUUCAGGCAGUGGAAGUGCACCUGCUGCUGAAUCUUCUACAGGACUUGCUCAUAAUGUGACCUCAACCUCUACAGUAAAACAAGUCCAAUUUGGAAACCACGGGCAGCUUUUUCCAAGAAGGGAAAUACCAACAUUUUGUGAUGAAGGUUUCUUUCUCAGUGACUUAACAAAUAAGAACUGCUCCCUAGUAAGUAGUUAUGAGCUUCAGACAUUGGCUGGACAAAGAGCAGAAUCAGCUGUUAGAGUAGAUCUCCUCAGAUCUGGGGAAAGUAAUUUGGAAACAAUGCAAGAAACGGAUUAUGAACAAAUAUCUGCAGAAAAAAUAACAACAGAGACAGAUUUUUCCUCACAGAAGACAACAUAUCAAUGUAACCCUUUAGUUGUUGCUCACAGUACAAGUUAUGACCAAUCAGCAACGCCAAUAGAGAUGUCUCAAAAAGAGAUUAUCUGUAUGGAAACAAGCACAGAUAGCUUGGCAGAAGUGCCUUCAUUCAUAGAUAAUGAAGAAUAUGAACCAAAAGAUGAAGACUUGUCUUCACUGAAUCAUUAUGAAUUCAAAAGCAAACUUGCUUCAAAAAAUUAUUCCAAUGAAUGUGCUCUAGCAGACAGUCAGGCAAGUUGCUUAUCCCAACAAAUUUCAGAAAAUUCUACAUCAUGCAUUGAUAAUGUAAGAGAAGAAAGCAGUGAAAGCAAAGAACACAAUGUCUUGAAUUCUCAGGCUGUAGUUCAGAAAGAAUUUUCAUCUAAAUAUGAAAACUUAGUGGUAAAUGAAGUAAGUUAUCUCAUGGUGAAUGUAAAUGGGAAAGACACCAAGUCCUUCCCUGCUGCUAUUUCUGAGAGUACUAAUGAUUUUCUCCCAGAAUCCAAUUCAAGCAUAUUUUACAAAGCUUCAACAAAAGCUAAUCUUUUUCAAAGUGCAUCUGAGACUGAAAAUUAUGAUAAACUAUUGGAGCAUGUCACAAUAGUGAAAGGAGAUUGCAAUGCUACAUCUAAUUUUACUGUCGAAGUGAGUGCCACAGAAAAUUGUUCUGAUGUACAUUCUGGCUGCCUUUGCACAACAUGCUCUUCAAAAUCAACAGGGCAGAAAAACAGUACGCAAAAGACGACGGACAUUUCUGUGGAAUUUGAUGCAACUGUUCUCUUGGAAACAGAAAUACAGAACAAAUCUUUACUUGAAUCAAGAGAAGAGAAAGAAGCCUUUUUUGAAAGUGAUUGCCCAGAGGGUAUCUUGCUUGUUGAAGAUGAUGUAAACUCAGAGUCAGGAAGAGCAUUUGAAUACAACACAAAUACAUCAGCUACUGUUUCUCAAGUGGAGAGUCCAUAUAUAAAGAAAGAAUCCAAGUUUUUAAGAGACCCAGAAGAAACUAUGGUUCCUUAUCAGAAUACAAAAGCAAACACUGAUGAAGAAAUAACAAAAUUAAUCAAUAGUGCAAUUAACUUGGAAAAAAAUGCAUUGGAAAUUAAAUCCGGAGAGAUUGAAAGUUUACCUGACUACCCAGUAGUCAAAGUCCAAAGUGUAACUGAAGACAGGAGUGGAGAGAAUUUUAAAGGCAUUAGGCUAUCUCAGAAUCCAAAGAAACCUAUUGAUAUUGAAGCUUGUGAAAUUCAGUGUGAGUUUUAUACAAAUCUGUGCCUGACACAUGAAGAGGUGGAAAAAGAUGAACUGCAGGUAGCCAGCACUGGAGUAGAACACACUCAGGAAUCUAAAGCACUUGUGCGUUCUGGCAGCCGACUUGAAACAAACAGCUUUUGCCAAAAUGAAAAAAGCGAGAAAGUAGAAAUAGGUAUUUAUUCACCAGAGUUUUCGGUUGCUCCCAAAAACACUCCUUCAGCUGUGCGUUCCCACACAACAGAUAUUACUCAGAAUACUUCAGGUUUCCUUGAUACUUGUGAGGGGCUUUUACAAAUGAACAGAACAAUAGAGAAUGUGUUUAAUACAGAGGACGUAGCUGCAACCGUACUAAUCACAAGUAGGCAAGGAAAUAUUUUAGCAAAACCUGAAAGUGAAGGACAAGUAAAUUCUAGCAAUUUAAUUGAACAUUGUGUACCAAAGUGUUUGGCCCAGGAAGACAAGGUUAAUGAAUGUGAAGUGACUGGGAGUGAAGAAGAAAUUAUUGUGACAAACACUGAGGGGCUGAUUAUUACGAGGCAAGAAGUCAUACGCACAGAUGAAAAUGUUUUAUUUACGGAAGAGUCUCCAGCUCUACAUCAGGUGUAUUGUGACAAGGAUGACAAAGAGGAAAUUUUAAAUCAGUUUAAGAUCCCUGAAAGAUACCUGACAGCUUCAGGACUAGAACAGAAUAUACUGUUAGAAGAUGAUUCAAGAUACCAUGGUCCUACUGAAAUGAGUGAAGACAGUGGCUCAGUGGACUCUGUUACAGAUACAAGAAAUGCAGUCAUGAAAGAUAUCGAUGCAUAUGAAUAUUCAGUUGAUGAUAGUACCAGUGUUGACCAGUAUGGAAUUGAACAAGAAUUGAAAAGUCUGCACGUUAAAGAGGACAGCCAUAUGUAUAUGAGUUGCUCUAUGCAAUAUCCUGAGCAUGGCACUUCAGAAAACUUGAAUGCAAGUAUAGUUAGAAAAAGAUCUGAUAUUUGUGAAUUGGAUCCAGCAGGCUCCAGAGCUGAGAAGGAGCAAGUACAUUUGAUGGAUCUAGUACAAAUGGCCAAAACAGACAAAGAAAAGCAGAUGUUUGUAGAAAACACAGAGGAGGUAGAACUGACCAUUUUACAAAACCUGAAUGAGCUAUUCCCUGAAAACAAAGACAGCUGCCAAAUGAGACAUGAUGACAGCAGAUUAAAUGAAAUCUUAAGAGAAAGCCAGUGGGUGUCUACCAGCUUUUCUAGAAAUAAUGAAGAUACCAGGAAGCAACAAAAUCCACCAGCAACACUGAAGUCUACUGAACAAACCCAAGAAGGUUCACUUAAAGACUCCCCAUGCCAGUCUGUAAAUCACCUUUUAUAUCUUGGAGUAAGUGAUGAUUCCCAUCUUGUUCAAGAUGUUCCCACUGCACUGAAAGGACAUACAAAACUGUCUAACAGCAUUCUCAGAACUGGAGCUGUUCUGCCUUACUAUGAAACAUUAAUGGAGAGUGAGGUGUCUGUUGGUAUGCCUGUAAACAAAAUGGGAGAAGACAAGUAUCUUUCUGAUAAAAUGCAAAGUAAGAAUGUAGCUUUUCUGCACACCGGGACCACACAGGACAGGCAGGAGGAAGAAUCCUUUGCAUUUAACAAUGCACCUGAUUAUGCUGUAUCUGGGCAUCUUGUCAAUGAGAACAGCUCUUCCACUCCCUACAGUGCAGAUGGUCUUGAGUCUGAAACUGUUGUACCUCAGCAAGGGGCCAAAGUAAACUCAUUUUCCUUGGAAAAAUUAGAUUUUUCUGAAGAUAUAAUUCAGGAUGUUAACAACACUCGUGAAGAACAUGGUGUGGGUUUAAUGAUUAAUAAACAAUUAAAAGACUGCCUUAACUCCAUAGAAGAUACAGCUCAAGAGGAAAAGGGUACCAUUGUGCUUGAUUCACUGCUCUUGGAUAAUUCAAACCUGCUUUCUUCUUCAGAGAAAGAAGUGAUGGAAGAUAUAGGGGUGGAAAAAAUGCAUUCUUUACUAGAAAUCUCUUCGCAAAAAGUGUUUCACAAUAUUAAUACAACUCAGAAAGUACUUCACUCAAGGAGUUUAACACAGCAUGAUGAGAAGGAGAAAAUUUUAAGCACAAGCCAUACUACAUCAAACAGUAAAAAUAAAAAUGCAGAGUUUCCUGGUGUAGCUGUAUAUCAAUGUGAGCCCAAAGAAAAUCGGGGACACAGGACUUCUGAAGAGCGCUGCACAGACCAGCCAGGCAGCGUUGAGAACACUUCAGCCCUUUCAGAAGGCCUGAACAAGUCUCCAUGGGAAAAUCCACAUUAUAGUAAAGAGUUUCUAAAUUAUAAUAGGAACUUGGGAAAUUCUGAAUGUUCUCUUGGUCUCCUGAAUCGUCCAGCAUCAUCUGCAGAUGUUUUGAUUGCCAGCAAUGGAGACAAAGGUAAAAGAAAUGCUGUUCUCUCUGAAGAAACAAAAUACUUUGAAAGUGAAUCAGCUGAUUUAAAUGUAUCUGUAACUUUUCCUGAUGUUUCUCAAGAAGGAGAUGAAAGGAAAAAUAAUUCUUCAGUUGCAGAGGCCACAUAUGCUCAGAAUAAUAAACUCCUUGAAAAAGUUGUGGGAACAGAUCAAAAGGAGAAAAUAAUUCAAGGUUCUUUCCAGAAUUGCAAUGACAUAAAAGAAAAUAAAAUUAAUGAGUACUCAGAACACUACAGUAACACUUCUAGUGUGACUGUGCCAGAAUCGGGCUUGCUUACUUUUCAGAGCCGAGGACAGGCUGGCAGUAAAGAAUCGAAGUCUCUUCCAUCCUACUUUGCAGAAGAUACUCCAACUGAUACACCAUUUCAAAGCUCCAAGAACUUCAGUCCUUUUGACACUUCUUGUUUACUUGAUGACUCAAAAUCUCUAAUAUUUAGUCAGCUUGAGGACUCACUUCAAGAUGAUUUUUUGACUGAGCAAGUGUCCUCCAGUUCUGCAGAUGUGUGCUCUGUAGAAGGAGGAGAUUUUCCCCAAGCAUUUGUAAGCAUCAAUCACCCAUCCUUAACACCAUUUUCAGAAUCUUCUUUAACUGCAGAUAUAGACCAUGGUGAAACUGGCACAUACAAUAUUUCACAUACAAGUAUAUUGAAACAUUCUCCAUUUGCUGUUUUGCAAAUACAAGACACUCAGUCCGAUAAGGCUGUGGUAUUCGAUGAGCCAAUACAUGCUUCAGGAAGUAUUUUACUUUCUCUUGCAAAAGAAAACAGGCAUUGUCCAGUAUCAGACACAGACUCUACUUCAUAUAAAAAUUCUGCUGUAGAUGGGGAACCUGUAUAUGGAAGUAAUUGUACAAAAUUUGACAAUCAUAUAAAAGUUGAUCAGCACCACUGGGGUAAAGUUCCACCACAAGAAGCUUGCACAGAACACAUAGAGAAAGUCCUAAAUGAUAAUUCUCUUUUAUUACCAUCAUUACCUUUUUGGGAUACUGGAAGGGCAAUUCUUGUUAAAGAUGGACAAAUGAGAAAAAUACUUAACAGAAAUGAGGAAGAACUGCAUUCAAAUACUGAGGCUGAACAUUUUGCAGUAAAGACAGAGCAGAGAAAAACAUUAAGUAGAGAACCUGUUGAAAAGCAAACUAAUGUAUUCUCAAACUCUGCAAAUGAAUUAACAGGCUCAGAAGUUACAGUGUUGAAUCCAGGAGAUGCUGAUGUGGAUCCUGAACACACCUGCAAUUCAUUUAGUCCAACAUAUCCCACAUACAGCAGAAGCACUGAUCCCAGACGACUGUAUCACACUGUCUUGGGUUUUGAAAAAAAACCUGCAGAUCUGCAAGAUAAUUGUCAGUAUGUGCCUACAGGUGAACAGAUAGAACAGGUGCAAGAUAGAACGAAUACAGAUGGUAGAAAAGAGAUUGUACUUUGCCAAAACAAUACAGGUUCAAGCAUUGAUAGCCAUGCUGAUGCAGAUAAUUGUUCAACAAUGGGAGAUGCUAUAAUAAGGAAUAAGACUCUGAAAUCAGAAAGACUAAAGUUUUUUGUAAGGAAGAAUGAAAGUACCUCCAUAAAGUUCUUACCAGAAAACCAUGAUUUGCCUCCUCAAGAAUCCAAACUGGUGCAAUUCAGGAGCAAAAGAUCAUAUUCUACUACACAGAAUACAGAGCGCUGUAAACAAAGUGAACAGAGACCUUAUUUACAAAGUCACAGACUGUCAGCCCCAGCUAUUGCUGUCUUCUCUGAUACAGAAUAUACUUUGGAAGCUUCAUCUAAGGCAGAUCCUUUGUUAUAUUCUGCAUCUAAAUCACUACAAGAUUUAAAUAUGAGUGUAGAGCCUCCAUCACCAACUGAAGAUGAUCUUCAUGGAAUUGAAAGAUUCUCAAAGCAGGAAUCAAAGAACUUUCUACAGGUUAAAUCUAAACCCAGAUUUCAGCAAAGAAUGGCACAAACUAAAAAGCUUGCAAACUGUGGUCCUAAAAACUUACAAAAUUUUGCAGCGAGAACCCAAAGCAGCCAGUCUUUAAGAGACUGUACUACUCAAUCUCCAUCAUCCUUACUGCACACAGCUCACAGUUCUGUGGGUGCAGAAGCAAAUGUCCAUUCAAAGAGUAGUUCUGUAGCUCAGUGUAGUGAAGGGAAAGCUGAAGAAGCUGGAUACCAGCCAGAAACAGAUUUAUUUUUGCAAGACAAUAAAGAUACAAUGCAUUUUAGUUCAAGUGAUAUCAACCCAUAUAUUCAUCCAUGGCAACAAGAUGGAUCAUGCAAGAUUGGCUGGAAACAGUAUGUUUUUGGAAGUGCUAGUGAUGUCUCUUGCAAUCAAAUUCCUUUAAACCUGGAAAAUCGCAAAGUUAUGAGAUGUUCCAGUGUAGACAAUGGAUUGAAUUCUCAAAAUUCUCCUUUUCAUUCUCAUCUCAGUUCAUAUGCUACUGCAAAAGUUUUAUCAAGCACUUUAAGCAGCAUUGAAGGUCUUCAAGGAUGGGACAAUGUCAGACAAGACUUUCAAUCUGCAUACUCAAGUGAUGGUACCAAGCAGCAUAGUAACAUAUCCAGUGAAACAUUGGAAACUAAUCCAGAAAAUAACACUGCCGAAUUUGAGAAUCCUUCUGCACAACCUGGUAACUCUUCAAUGCAGGUUGAUGAAAUUGUACUAUUAUAUCCUUCUGAGUCUGAAAGGUCUUCCAAAAAACUAUCAGGGAUUACGUGUGAGCAGGGAACACAAACAGCAGCUACAGGAAGGUAUAAAAGACAGAGAAGACAUCAGAGAAGCUAUACGGAUGUUUCUGCAAGAAAGCAGGAAACAAAGAGAGAUGUAUUUCAUCAACCUUCUUCUUGGACAAGCAUGCAGAACCUGUCCAUGCAUCUGUCACAGCUUCUUCAGAACACUUCUGAGUUGUUGGGAAACCUCUCCCAACAGGGUAUUAUAGAUAAUGAGCAGAAUGCCAAAAUCAACCAAAGAGGAACUGAAGAGCCUGUAAAGGCUGCUAGGUCAGAUAGCUGCACUCAGACUACAGCAGAUGUAGGCACUCAAACUGAGAUUUUGGAAGAACCUCAAAGCAAACAUGAAGAAAAGCUAGUGGAGGCAAAAACGGAAAAUGAAUUGAGGGCAGCUCAGGCAGUAAACAUUGAUUGGAAAGGAAUACGUGCAGAUGCAGUAGGUAAGAUUCCCAAAAGGAAAAACGAAUCACUCCUUCUUGAAGAAAGAACACAAGAACGAACAGGGAUGAGAAAUCUGGGCAAUCCUGACUUCCAUGACAGUCUUGACAGCAUUUUGGAAGACUCCUUUAUGCGUCUGCCUUUCUUGGCCAGAACCUCCACUCCUAUCUUAGAUUUUCAAAAAACAUCCUUAAAUGCACAGCAGAAUGUUGCUUUUGCUAGUACCAGAGUUUCAUCUGUCACAUCAUCUUCGCUAAGUUCAGGGCAAGAUGGUUCUUCAUGCACUGUAGUUAGCAGUCCUACUAAUAGCACCUCUCAAUCUCCAGCAUCUUCCACUCAGGAUAAAAGAAGUGUCAGUGAACUGGAGGUUCCAGCAGAAAGAAAAUUUUGUUACAAAAACACCCUGUUAGUCGAUAGGGCCUCUUCACCUAUUCUUACUCUUAGUGCUAGUCCCAGCAGCCAGACUGUGUUUAGCAAGUCUGUCUGCCCUACUAAGGAACCUCUUGGAUAUUCCAGUGAUGCUUCAAGUCCUCUUCACAACCAGAGAAAGCAGAGGGCAGGUCCACAGUCCAGCAUGCAACCUCAUGUGGACAAUUUUUCACAGACAGAAACAGACAGUGAAUCGAGCACUUCUAGAGAACAUAAGGGCAUAAGAAAGAAAUCUGGAAGUUUCUCAGAUAAGAAAGCAGCCAAAGAGCUUUUAGGACAGGGUGGUUCAAAAGACUUGGAACAGCAGCAUAGACUCACGGUUGACACCCACACUACCAUUUGUGCAAAACGACUGUAUCACUCUAGUAGUAUGUUGGAGGUGUCAGGCCACAGGGAAGUUUUAAGAGGUGAUCUCAGAGACCACAGUCCACUGGCACGUUCACUUCGUUGUCUGUAUGUCACAAGGGGAGGAGGAGGUUCUUCAGCUGGAAUCGGACACGAAAAAUAUGUUGGUUGUUCUGAUACUGCUUUGAUUCAUAACUACUCACCUCCAAAUCCUGACUUAGUUUUUAAUCAAAAAAUUAGUGCCACUUGUUCAAGUAAGACAAAUGCUGACACGCCCUCAGAACCUCUGGUAGAAGCAUCUUCUCUACAAUUUCACAAUUUCUUCUGGAAAAAUGAAAACAGCUGCCCUCCCCCGCUCUCCGAUGUAAGCGACGUGCAAACUUCCUUCCAAGACGACAAUACGAAUUCUGUCACUGAAAGUGAAUGUGACACUGAAAUUCCUCUCAACAAGAAUACUACUUUUGCAAAGCCUUACAGGCCUCGCAGCUACAGUCUCCGUGACUUACCCAUACACAAUAAAUUUAGCAACUGGUGUGGUGUUAAGGGCAGCCCUCCUCCUUCGUUACUCAGCUUGAGUGGCAGUGUGACCGAUUUACGAAGUCAGGCAGAAAAGAAACCUAGAAGCACACGAGCAACAGAAACGGAAGGGAAAUCCCAGCUUCGUGACAGCAGGAGCAGAGAGAUCGAGAGACUUCAGAGAGAGCGUGCUCAGAUCAUGUCCGGCAUUCACCUGGAUCUGCAUCAGCAUCCCCUCACUGUAGAACUGACCGAAGCAAAGCUCAAUUACGGCAUCGGGGAAACAGACGCCCUGCUGAGGGUCCUUCAGAGCGGAACUACAGAUGAUCUGGUGGCAAUUCCAGUGAAGCAGCAGCUUUAUGAAAGACACAUGAGGACGAUUGAAACUCUGAGGAAGGAAAGAGAAAAAAGGCUGCAAAGAUACCAAAGAAGCCGAAGUCUGAGUCCUCAAAAGCAUUUGAGCCUGUUGCAGACGCUGGAUGCAAGUCAGAGGGAUCUGGAUCUUCCCAGCAGACGCCGAGAAUACCUGCAACAAUUGAGAAGAGAUGUGGUAGAAAAUACCAGAGUUCAAGAACCAAAAAGAAGCAGCAUUCAGCAUCCUUCAGACAUUGAACUGUUGCUCCGAGACUACCAGAGGGCACGAGAGGAAACCAAAACCGAAAUUGCACGAGCUAGGGACAAACUUCGGGAGAGAGCUGAGCAAGAAAAAAGGCGGAUACGGGAGCAAAUAUUUACUCAGUUACAGAAGGAGGAAGCAAGGCUGAAGACUCUUGCAAGUACAAGCACUUUAUGUACAGACUCCAGCCUCAGCCUCUCCUCUGGCCCAACAUCUGGUUACAACAGCAGUAAUACUGCUACGUAUACUGCAAGUAACCUCAGCAGCCAGGAAGGACAGGUCUCUUCCGGGAAUGCUCUCCCUUCAAGAGAUACACGAGGUCGUUCAGCUGUUAGAAAUAGUCAUCUUUAUGUGUUAGAGCAACUACAGAAGGAUUCAACAUUUGAAGCCAGCAGAGUUCAGCCACCCCUUCCUUCUGGUAGCAUCAGCUGUAGGUUCACUCAUGGAUUAACUAUUUCUGUCAGCUCCUCUUCAACAAAAGGCUACCAAGAUUUAUCCAAACAUAUCUUGGCUAAUGCUACCACUGAGGUAAUGGCAGCAUGCUCUCAUAACCUGAGGAACCUCUACACAUGCCAAGCAGCAGCUGGGUGGAAGUAUCAGUGUACAGAAAAAGAGGUGCUGGUUUACUACAAAGUGUUCCCUUCGGCAACAAGGCACGGGUUUCUGGGAGCAGGAGUGAUAGAAAGACCUCUUCCCUGUGUGUGGGGACUAGUCAGAGAUCCUGGCAAAAGGCAUCUGUACGACAGAACUAUCAACACGGCCCGAAUACACAAGAAGGUAACCAGCCACAUUCAGCUGGUAUAUUUAGUGACCGAUACCUCCCUGUGUUACCUAAAGCAACCCCGGGAUUUCUGCUGCAUUACUGUAGAAGCCAAAGAGGAGAACUUGUCUGUCUUGGCUAUUCAGUCUGUCUAUGAUGCAACCAUGCCUCACCCUUGUAAAGAAGUGGUGAGAGGGGAGAUUUUGCCAAGCGCUUGGAUACUGGAACCUGAUGUAGUGAAUGGAAGAGAUAUCACCAGAGUUAUUUACAUGGCACAGGUGGAUCUUGGUGCCCCGGCCAUCCCCGCAAGGCUCCUGAGUUCCAUUGCUAAGCGGCAGCCACUGGUGAUUGCUCGCCUGGCACACUUCCUAGCUAGUUAG